CAUAAUUUUCACAAAGUUUUUCUCAACACUACAGAAAUUAUCUAAAUUGAAAAUGAACGAGUUAUUACAGAAACACGGCUGUUCAAAUGUUUUUAGUGUUCCCGAAGGAUUGAAGGAACUCAUGUCGGAUAUCUCACGAGAAGUAUUACGAGAACAACCAUCCAGAAUGUUCGACUUCAUCGCAAACUAUCUAUCCGUUCUUCUAAUUACGCGGGAACACGGCGUGAUGGCUGUCAAAAUUCUUGAUGAUCUGUGCGACUGUCGACCGUCGGUGUCAGAACAUCUGUUACAAUUGGGGUUGCCAGAUACACAAGCGAAGGAAUUAGCACAGAUAAUAAAAGAAGAAAUUGAGGAAUUUGAACCUGUGGAGGGAAAAGAGAAAAUAAAAGAGAUGCAAAUUAUGAAAAAAAUAUUAACAAGAUCCGCUUUGGACGAAGCGAAGGCCUCUCAAGUGUGCCAAGUCGCUAGAAAUGCGUAUCGAGAUUAUUGGUAUCGAAAGAAGACAUUAGAAAAGUCUUUGAAAAAUCGACCCGAGGAGCCGUGGGAGAUAGCAGCAGAACGUACUUUGGAAAUCUAUAAACGAACAAAACCCUCAUUUACAGAAAUGAACAGAGCUGCACAGAAGAUACAGGCGGCGUAUAGAGGCUAUCAUUUGCGAAGAAAUCUUCUCAGCCACUUGAAGCGUAAGCCAAAAAAAGCUGGACCUAAAGUGGACCUGCCAGGACCUCCGCAAGAUAUCUCUGGUUCUAGAAAUAUUGAAUUGGGACCUGUAAUUAAAAUUAAAGUGCCCAAAGACGACGUUCACGCUAUGUUCGGAGAGCACGCUACAAAGAAGCUGGGUCUGCCCUACGAUCCAAUGCUGACCAUCACCCAUGUGGCUGAUGAUGAUGAUGUGGGCUCUGUAGGACGAUUGAGCAGGAUCUCGGAUAGACCGAGAGAAAGCCGCGUGCCGAGCGCAGCACCUAGUACCAUUUCUGAAGGUAUUCAGAGAUUAUCACCAGCUAUCCAACCACCCAGCAAAGCAGCGCUAACCCCUGUGGAACUGUCCAUGCACAAGAUAUCAUUUUCCGAGGUUCCACCAGAAAUCAUACCCGAUGUGACGAUCGCUGAAGAUGAAGUGGUGAAAACGGUUGAACCAGCUGAAGAAGAACAUGAAGUUCCCGAAGACAUUCCAGAACUUCCAGAUGACCAGACAGAUGGAGGGAGUGUCCCAGCAUCAGGUGCCUCCACAGCACCAGAUACAGCCACCACAACAGACGUGGAAGAUGAGGGAGAUGUUAUGGGAACUGAUGAAGAAUAGACAAGGACAGAUAUAAUAUGAAGAAUGAUGAAGAAGAAGGGUGCUUUUCCACCAAUUACGUGCGGAGAUGUGUA